GACAAGGAGGCGCGGGUGCUCAGAGUGAGGAACGGUUUUGCAAAGAUAGUCCUGGGCCGGGAGGACGUUUGACGGCGGGAGAUGAGUGGGUCUUUAGGCCGAGCGUCUGCAGCUCUGCUCCACUGGGGGCGCGGGGUGCUACUGAAGGGUCCGGCACUUCGGACUCGGAGCUCGGGCCCCGGGGUAUCGGGCUCGGGCUCCACAGAGAAUCUUGACGCUCUCGUGAAGAAGGACAAGGUGGUGGUGUUCCUGAAGGGUACCCCUGACCAGCCCCAGUGCGGCUUCAGCAACGCCGUAGUGCAGAUCUUGCGGCUGCACGGCGUCUCCAACUACGCAGCCUACAACGUGCUGGAGGAUCCCGCCCUCCGUCAAGGCAUUAAAGAAUAUUCCAAUUGGCCAACUAUCCCUCAAGUGUACCUUAACGGUGAAUUUGUUGGUGGUUGUGACAUCCUCCUCCAGAUGCAUCAGAAUGGAGAUCUAGUGGAAGAACUGAAAAAGUUGGGAAUUCGUUCAGCACUUUUAGAUGCAAAGAAAGAUCAAGACUCAAAAUAAAAAGCCUGUAGGAAUCCUCUUGAAGAAGAGUGUUCUGUGACUGGAAAUGAAAUCUUUCUAGUUUUAAAGACUGGUUACCAGAACAGCCUUACUGGUUUCUGUUCUCAUUUUUUUAGGAAGGCAACUCUUUGUACUGACACUAAACAGUAUUGAAGUGAUUUUAGUUUCUGUCUGGUGUUUUAGGCUAAGGAUAUUCUAUCGUGAAUUUAAUUAUAACUACUGUACUAUAAUAAUUGAAUAUUAUGUUUUGACACAGAUGUUUAAAAAUUCAUUCUUUUAUUAUCUUCUACUCUUUGCCCUAAUGCAAGAGUAAACCAAAAGAUUUUGAGUCAUCCUAGUCAGUUAUUAUUAUUGGCAUUAUUAUUGAUUCUAAUGUAUGUGUCACUAUAAAACCCAAAGGAAACAGAUGUAGCCCUUUUAAGGAAAAUAAUGGACAAGAUGACAGUGAUGACUUCUGGGUUUUUUAAGAAAUAAAAGAAACUGCCAACAUAGUAAAAGGUCCUUUUUGGUGAAGCUUUCACAACUUUUUAUUUGUUAUGUAUUGUACUUUGAUUUUAAUAGUAAAAGUAAAUGGCCCACAAAAAAAAAAAGUAAAGGGACUGUUUUUAAUGUCCACAUUGAAUGAACACAAUUGAAGGUAUUGCUAUUGUCAUAACCUUUAAUAUUUUCAUUGAUGUUAAAUAAUAAUACCUGACUCUUACAUAGGGCUUUCAGGUUCACAAAGCAUGCUCUAAUUACUUUAUCUUAUUUGUUCCUCACAACAUCCUUUUGAGGUUUAGGUAUCAUAAUUAUCAAUAAGUCCAUGGUACAGGUGAGGAAACAGACUAAGGAAUUGUGACUUUCCUUUGAUCACACAGCUAGUAAGUAACAGAUUGGAUUCAGACCCAGGUCUCUACUGAUUCUAUAUCUAGUGUUAUUUUCACUAUACAACACUACUUCUCAAUGUUCUCUUACUUUAGAAAAUAUAUAUAAAUGUUGUGCUUGUGAAUAGUGACCUCUCUCCUGAAACAAAGCGAAAUCUCAUUAUUAUUGGUGUUGAUAAGUUGGAAAUACUGAGUUUUUAGCCGCUUCUUCAGGGUUAGACAUGGGAUUGGAUUGAAUAAUACAAAAUCCAUGAUCAAGGUUUAUUAGAUUAGUCAGAGACUCAUUCAUGUAUUUGUAAAUCAUUAGUCUGUAACAUUGAACUUAGAGUAGCAAGGUCAGUGAGAAUCAAUAGGCCUACUUUAAUUUUAAUUUUUUUAUUUUAGUGAGGCAGUUGGGGUUAAGUGACUUGCCCAGGGUCACACAGCUAGUAAGUGUUAAGUGUCUGAGGUCGGUUUUGAACUCAGGUCCUCCUGACUCCAGGGGCGGUGCUCUAUCUACUGCGCCACCUAGCUGCCCCUACAAUAGGCCUAUUUUAAACAGCUCUCUAUUCUGAAGCCAUGAAACAAUAUAAAGAGAACCUUUUAACCA